AUGUUUGGCUUUUUUAAACGCAUAAGGGCGGCAUCAUCGCACGGAGAAGAGCCUAGUCCAAAGAGAGCGUCCAACAUCACAGAGUCCCCAACUCCGCAAGCAAGUGGCCUAGCAACUGAAGCAGAUCGUGGAACGAUGGCAGACCUAUAUUCUACAGAAGGGGGUACAGGAAUGCGCAUUAUUGCCGAUCCAGAGGCUCCAACUCUUGAUAUCGUUUUUGUACAUGGCCUAAUUGGCAGCCGCGACAAAACAUGGACCCAUCAGAAUGGAUUCUUCUGGCCAGACCAGUUGGCAAAGGACAUUCCGUACGCCCGUAUCAUGACUUUUGGCUACGAUGCCGACGUCGUAAAGUUAUGGGGUCAACCGGGAAGCAAUAACAUUAGGAAACACGGGGAAAGUUUGGCAACUGCGGCUUCAGAUCGACGUGGAAAGCAUAGGAAGCGACCAAUUAACUUCAUUGCUCAUGGCUUAGGUGGCCUUGUCUGCCAGCAGGCAGUCCUGAUCUGUAGAGAAGACCAGUCCAAUCUAGUCAAAGUUUCCGAAUCCACAAGGGGUAUCAUAUUCAUGGGCACACCCCAUGGAGGCGUCGGUAUUGCAGGUUGGGCCUAUGCUUUCGCGAAAUACUUCAGGCCAUUUCGACAGGUGAAUUCUGAUAUUUUGGUUGAACUCGGCCGAGAUUCCCAACAGUUGACUGCCAUCAAUCAACAAUUUCUUAAAUUUCUUGGAAGAACCGAUGUCAAUAUAUACAUAUAUUGCUUCUUCGAGGACAAGGCUUCUGUCGGUGUCGGGAAAAUUGUUCCGGAAAGCUCAGCUGUGCUCGGCCAGUUUCAGAAUCAAAGUAUUAAUGCGAAUCACAGCGACAUGGUAAAAUUCUCGGGAGAAUAUGAUGGGGGUUAUCAAAGUGUCCUUUCAAGGGUAUUGGACAUUGUAGAAUAUAUAGAUGCAAAGGCAGCAAAGUAA